CAUCACUACUACCUUCAUCACAACAACAAUCAUCACUACUACCAUCAUCAUUACUACCCUCAUCACUUCUACCAUCAUCACUUUUCUACCAUCAUCACUACUACCCUCAUCACUUCUACCAUCAUCAUACUACCAUCAUCACUACUACCAUCAUCAUUACUACCCUCAUCACUUCUACCAUCAUCACUACUACCAUCAUCACUACUACCAUCAUCACUUCGACCAUCAUCACUACAACCAUCAUCACCUCUACCCUCAUCAUUUCUACCAUCAUCACUACUUACCAUCAACACUACUACCCUCAUCACUACUACCCUCAUCACUUCUAACAUCAUCACAACUACCAUCAUCACUACUACCAUCAUCACUACUACCAUCAUCACUACUACCUUCAUCACUUCUACCAUCAUCACUACUACCUUAAUCACUACUACUUUCCUUCUAUCACCAUCAUCUCUAUUACUUACACAUCACUACUACCAUUGGCACUACUAUCAUCAUCAUCACUACCACUAUAAUCACUACAACACUUCAUCACUUCUAUCAUCAUCAUCAUCAUCA